CUCUCUCUCUCUCUUUUAUUCUGUGCUUGCCCCGUUUCUCUCUCAACAGCGACUGAAAACCACCCCUUUUCUGCUCUCCCUCCAAGGACAACAAGCAAGAAGGAAAACCUUCUCACAAGAAGAUGGGUAGCAUGGUGGGACAUGUUUUGCCAGGCUUUGGCUUUUUUGUCAUUGGAUUAUGGCACCUCUUUAACAACAUUAAGCUCCAUGCUCGGUGCCCAAUUUCUUAUACCUCUAGUCCUUGGUUUCCCACCUCAAGAUUCAAGUACUUGGAACUCUUCUUUAUCAUUGGAGGCUCUUGUGCCUCAAUAUCCGCGGAGCUCUUCAUCGGCCCGGACCGACACCAACCGUUUGACCCUGAUGGAACCAUCCCCUCCCACCAUCUCCGUAACUUCGAGCACGCUUCCAUCUCAAUGACUCUCUUAGUCUAUGCGGUGCUUGCUAUAGUUCUCGAUCGUAUUGGCUCCAAAGCUCCUCAGUACGGGCUAACCAUGUUGCUCGGUUCCAUAGCCUUUGCACAAGAGCUUCUUCUUUUCUACCUUCACUCAUCUGAUCACAGGGGCCCGGAAGGCCAAUACCACUUGCUUCUACAAAUUGUUACCACUGUUUCUUUGGCCACUACUCUUAUGGGAAUUGGUCUCCCUAAGAGUUUCUUGGUCAGCUUUGUAAGGUCAGCCAGCAUAUUACUCCAAGGCAUUUGGUUUAUAGUAACGGGAUUUAUGCUUUGGACUCCGGCAUUCAUUCCUAAAGGUUGCUUCAUUAACGAUGAGGACGGUCACAAAGAGGUCAAGUGCACCGGAGAGGAAGCCAAUCAUCGCGCCAAGUCAUUGACAAACAUUCUAUUUAGCUGGUUAUUGAUUGCAUUCACCAUUUUUACAGUGUGCUUUUAUUUGGUUUUGGUUAAAGCUUACGGUGAGAAGGUAGAGUAUGUUACAUUGAAAAGGGAAGAAGAGCACGAAGAUCAGGAUUUUGAUGAUAUUGUUGAAUCCCAAAAGAAAAGCGAACUUGACAAUUCAAGGAUCAGCCUCAUACAAAUGGGAAAAACCCUUUUCACCGACAUGGAAAUUAACUAAUUAAGUUAGAAGAUCAUGAACAUGAUCAUGCAAGGAAAAAAAAAAAAAAAUAGGGGUCUAGCUACCUAGUAAAGUGUACAUGCAAAUGUAUGGGCGAUCAGGUCCCACCAUAUCUUUUUUUUUUUUUUUUUUUUUUUUCCUUUUUUCCAUAUCUAAUUCAUUAGGCCAAAAAUAUUGACUUGCUGCAUGGUGUACUGGGGGAGAAAAGUUAAAAGGCUGAGCCUUGAGGGAAAAAGUGCAUGUGCAUGGAGGGGGAUAAAGCAGGGGAAAUUGGUUUGAAAUUAUUUGGUUUGUGUACAUGGGGUGAUCUUUGGCCUAGCUAGCUAGCUGAUGUGAGUAUAUCGAUUUGGGUGCAUAGAAAAAAAUAAGAAAGGAGUAUUUAUUGU